AUUUACUCUCUUCACUCUUCUUCUUCUUCUUCUUCUCCGUUCUUCCCCUUUCCGGAGUAGAUACUUAGAAUUCAACACCAAAUUCUGAGAGCAAACAGGCGCCCAAAUCCAUACACACAAGUCUUGUGCCUGCCUUUGGGGAAAAAUUAGUAACAGGCAUUGUUAUUAGUGGAUGGCGAUGGAGUACUUGGUGAAAGUUGGAGAAGCAGAGGAUAGCAGCAGCGGCAGGGGAGAAGGAAAGCCAAGUGCAGGGCCUGUUUACAGGAGCAUUUACGCCAAAGAUGGCCUCUUGGAACUUCCUUCCCACCUCCAUUCCCCCUGGCAAUUCUUCAGUGAUUCAGCGGCCAAGUACGCCAACAAUCCCAUGCUGGGUCGCCGGAAAAUCAUAGAUUCCAAGGCUGGAUCAUAUGCGUGGCUCACUUACAACCAAGUUUAUGAUUCAGCUUUGAGAAUUGGUUCUGCAAUGAGAAGCCUUGGUGUCAACCCUGGUGAUCGUUGUGGUAUCUAUGGUUCCAACUCCCCUCAAUGGAUAACUGCAAUGGAGGCUUGUAACAGCCAGGCUGUGACUUAUGUUCCACUCUAUGACACCCUUGGUGCCAAUGCUGUGGAGUUCAUCAUUAACCAUGCUGAAGUCUCCAUCGCCUUUGUUCAAGAGAACAAACUCCCUGCUGUAAAUCUCUUCCUGCCUGCUGUUGCCCUUUUUAUAUCUGCUUGAGCCCUUACUAAAGCUAUCUGCCCUUUCUUUCUUUUCAGGUUCUGUCCUGCCUCUCAAACUGUUGUUCAAACCUGAGAAGUAUGCUACAAAAACACUUGUUCGUCACUUCUUAUGUAGCAAUCAUCAGCUUUGGGGACAUUUCUGCCCUGCAGAAGAAGGAAGCCGAGGAGCUAGGGGUGUCUUGUUACUCGUGGGAAGAGUUCUCUCAGCUGGGAAGUUUGGAUUCCGAGCUACCUCCGAAACAGAAGACUGACAUCUGCACCAUAAUGUACACAAGCGGUACUACUGGAGAACCUAAAGGAGUUAUCAUCACAAAUGGAGCUCUCAUGGCUGAAGUUCUGUCUGUUGACCAUUUGCUCUCCCAGACUGACAGAGUGCUUGAUGAAGAAGAUACAUACUUCUCUUUCUUACCUUUGGCUCACAUCUAUGACCAAGUGAUCGCGAACUACUGCAUCCACAAAGGUGCCUCCAUUGGAUUCUGGCAAGGGGAUGUCAGAUUCUUGAUGGAGGAUCUUCAGGAGUUGAAGCCAACCAUGCUUUGUGGGGUUCCUAGAGUGUACGACCGCAUUUACAGCGGUACAAUGAGCAGGGUCUCAUCAUCAGGGGUAUUACGGAAGAAGCUCUUCGAUUUUGCUUAUUCCUACAAGCUGGGAAACCUUGAGAAGGGAAUUGCACAAGCCAAAGCUGCACCAUUCUUUGACAAGCUCGUCUUUGAAAAGACUAAGCUAGCAUUUGGAGGCCGAGUCCGGAUUCUCUUGUCUGGAGCUGCACCUUUGCCUCGCCAUGUCGAGGACUUCCUAAGGGUCAUAUCCUGCUCUACAUUAUCACAAGGCUACGGACUUACUGAAAGCUGCGGCGGAUGCUUCACUUCGAUCGGUGACAUAUACCCUAUGGUGGGAACCGUUGGUGUUCCUAUGACAACCAUCGAGGCCCGGCUCGAAUCAGUCCCUGAGAUGGGCUACGAUGCCCUCGCCAGUGUGCCACGGGGCGAGAUCUGCCUCAGAGGUAACAGCUUGUUCUCUGGAUAUCACAAGCGCGAAGAUCUCACGAGAGAAGUCCUCGUGGACGGCUGGUUCCACACGGGUGACAUUGGAGAGUUGCAGCCCAAUGGAGCCAUGAAGAUCAUCGACCGGAAGAAGAACAUCUUCAAGCUGUCACAGGGCGAGUAUGUCGCCGUGGAGAAUCUAGAGAACACUUACUCUCGAUGCCCUCUCGUUGCUUCGAUUUGGGUGUACGGCAACAGUUUCGAGUCGUUUCUAGUUGCAGUUGUCGUGCCAGACAAGCAAGCAAUCGAGGAGUGGGCGAAGCAGCACAAUGUUACGGGCGAUUAUCAAGCCUUGUGCGAGAAUCAGAAGGCCAGGAACUAUGUCUUGGAUGAGCUGAACAGCACUGGAAAGAAACACCAGCUGAAAGGGUUUGAGAUGUUGAAAGGAGUUCACCUGGAGCCAGUUCCAUUUGGGAUAGAGAGAGAUCUGGUCACUCCAACGUUUAAGCUCAAGAGGCCUCAGCUGCUGAAAUACUACAAGGAACGCGUUGAUCAACUUUACAGUGAAGCAAAGGAGUCCAAGGCUUGAGUUGAAACUGAACAUGUCUGAUUGAACUUCCUACUAUGGUGUAAAGGCUCCUAGGCAUUGGUCACCGCGAGAGCUAUCUCAUUGUUCAAUGUUUAUAUACACAUAAAGAAUGACUGGAAAAUUAUGAACAAACUCAAUAGUCAUUCUGAUCUUCCAACAUUUAAUUGAAUACAUAUGAAUGGAUAUCACUACAUAUUGCUUGCCUGCUGUUAAUUUGAGAUUGCAUGAUUGU